AGUAGAAAGCGGUGUAGGAGGAGAAGUAAAAGGAGAAGGAGUCGGCGGCGGACGAGUGUGGUAAUAAUAUUAAUAAACGAUUCCCUAUACGCUGCUAUAUAUACGCCGCCGGUUGCGCGAUAUAUAGUCGGUGUAAUAGUAAUAAUAUAUUAUUAUAUCGGACGGGCAGCGGAGUGAUCGAACCUUCCAAGCUGGCCCAUCAGUUUUGGCUCGGUUGGGGUUCGGGCUCGGGCUCGUGCCGCGCGCAGACGGACGAGGAGAAGAAGGAGAAAAAGGAAAUGGCCGAGGCGGCGGCCCGACACGAGCUGUACACGCAACAGCAGUGGGCCCACCAGCGGGCCGAACGCGCCGAGCGAAACGCCGAGAGACUGGAGAGGGAGAUACAGGCGCAAGCCGCCUCGGCCGCCGCGUCAGAGUCCCUCGCCGAGCUGCACUACGUCGACAGCCUGUCCGGGUCCGUCCAAUCCAUAUGCAAGGCACCGAUAGCCAGCCUAGACUGCAUGGCCGACUUGGGCAGUACCACGGAACAGCUGUGUGCCAAGCUGCAAGCGGCCGCGGUCAAGGAAUCGGUUGACCGGGUUUCGUCCGCGGCACAAUCGCCCAGUCUGACGUCCGGGCUCCGGUACCGGAACUUGGGUAAAAGCGGCUUGCGCGUAUCCAACAUCGGGCUGGCCACGUGGACCACAUACAACACGGCCAUCAAUGAGGAACAACUAGACGCGGUAGUGACGGCCGCGUACAACGCCGGCAUCAACCUGUUCGACCUUACUGAGGGUCCGCAGAGCAGCGAACAGGCCGAGACCCAGCUGGGCGCCAUACUCAAAAGGAAAAACUGGAAACGAGUGUCGUACAGCGUUAUAACCAAAAUCCAUUGGCACUACAAAUCCGAAGAACGAGGGUUGUCACGUAAACAUAUUAUCGAAUCGGUGCGAUCGUCCGUCGCGAGACUUCAACUCGACUACAUUGACAUCGUUCUGAUACAAAAAGCCGAUCCGAUGUGUCCACUUGAAGAAGUAGUUAGAGCUAUGGAUUUUCUCGUAUCAGAAGGACUCAUAAUGUAUUGGGGCACAGCUAAAUGGUCACCAAUCGAUGUCACAGAAAUGUACACUGCUUGCAGACAAUUGAAUUGCUCUACACCAAUCCUAGAACAAUCUGAAUACCAUAUGUUGUGCAGGGAAAAAGUUGAGAUUUACAUGCCUGAACUGUAUAAUAAAAUCGGUGUGGGUUUAAUGGCUUGGUCACCGUUAGCCAUGGGAUUAUUGCCUUCUUUCAAAGACUCGCUCAGAAGCAGAUCGUCCAAUAGGACAAAAGCUUCCAGUAUCAGUUGGAACCAAGACGAUCGAAAACCCCCUAGUAAAGAGAACAAUGAACCAUUGACAAGAAAUACAAAGGAAAUAUUGUUUUCAAUUUCAUUAAUAGCAGACCGUCUCGGCUGUAGCUUAGUUCAACUGUGUAUAGCAUGGACGUUAAAAAACGAAAGUGUUCAAUGCCUCUUACUAGGAGCAGCUACAACACACCAGUUUUAUCACGCUUUGCAUGGAUUACAGUUGUUGCCAAAACUCAACUCAAAUGUAAUGGCCGAAUUGGAGCGUAUACUGGACAAUAAACCAGUACGACCACCAAUGGUAUCAACUCUAGCAAUGAGAUGACAAACAGUGUGCCCCCCUGGUGUGUUGGGGGGCACAGGCAUGUCUGCUGAUGGCAUGAAAGAAAACAAUGACGAGUAUGACAUGAAAGAACGAAAAGUGCCAUUUUGUGUGCUUCAAUGAAAAAAUAGUUCAUGUGGCGAAUAUUGUAAUCAUGUUAGAAUUAUAGUUUGAAGUUAAAUAUACGUCCAAUUUUAAUUGAUUA